AACUAACUCUUAAUCAUGCUUAUCAUUCUUUUUCAGACCAAAGUCUGCAGUAUAACAAAGUGCCCAGAUUUUGAUGACUCUGGCCAGUGGGAAGUGGUCACUGUGCAUGAAGGGAAGCAAAACUCAGCCAUCUUUGAUGCUGUCAUGGUUUGCACGGGUUUCUUCACUAACCCUAAUCUGCCACUUAGUUCCUUUCCAGGUAUAAAUACCUUUAAAGGCCAGUACUUUCACAGCCGAGAGUAUAAACAUCCAGACAUAUUUAAGGACAAGAGAGUGCUUGUGGUUGGACUGGGAAAUUCUGGCACAGAUAUCGCUGUGGAGGCCAGCCGCCUGGCAAAAAAGGUGCUUCUCAGCACCAGAGGAGGUGCAUGGGUUUUCAGGCGAGUCUUUGACUCAGGGUACCCAUGGGACAUGGUGCUUAUAACACGAUUUCAAACUGCAUUCAGAAAUUUUCUCCCAACUCCAAUUUUGACUUGGUUGAUGGAAAAGAAGAUGAACAGCUGGUUCAAUCAUGCAAAUUAUGGCUUAAUACCAGAAGACAA